GAGAGCGCGAGCGAGCGAGCGAGCGCCGGGGAGGGGGCCGGGAGCUAGGGUGCAGCUCGGGAUCAGCCGGAGCGGUAGCGGCGGCAGCAGCAAGGUUCGGCGCCUUCUUCUCUGCAAACCAUGUUUGCCAAAGGGAAAGGCUCGGCGGUGCCCUCGGACGGGCAGGCUCGGGAAAAGUUAGCUUUAUACGUCUAUGAAUAUUUACUGCACGUAGGAGCACAGAAAUCUGCACAGACCUUCUUGUCGGAGAUUCGAUGGGAAAAAAACAUCACGUUGGGAGAACCGCCAGGGUUUUUGCACUCAUGGUGGUGCGUAUUUUGGGACCUUUACUGUGCAGCUCCUGAAAGGCGAGAUACUUGUGAACAUUCAAGUGAAGCAAAAGCCUUUCAUGAUUACAGUGCAGCAGCCGCCCCGAGCCCCGUGCUUGGCAACAUUCCCCCCAACGAUGGGAUGCCAGGAGGCCCCAUCCCACCGGGUUUCUUUCAGGGUCCUCCGGGGUCACAGCCCUCGCCGCACGCACAGCCUCCACCUCACAAUCCUAGCAGCAUGAUGGGACCCCACAGUCAGCCUUUUAUGUCACCGCGAUACGCAGGCGGCCCCAGGCCCCCGAUCAGAAUGGGAAACCAGCCUCCAGGAGGAGUUCCUGGGACACAGCCAUUGCUGCCCAAUUCCAUGGAUCCCACACGACAACAAGGGCACCCCAACAUGGGAGGAUCAAUGCAGAGAAUGAACCCUCCCCGAGGAAUGGGGCCCAUGGGUCCUGGCCCACAGACUGACCCUUGGUUAUCGUUGCAGAAUUACGGCAGCGGCAUGAGACCACCACCCAACUCCCUCGGCCCCGCCAUGCCUGGGAUUAACAUGGGCCCGGGAGCUGGCAGACCGUGGCCUAAUCCUAACAGUGCUAACUCAAUUCCAUACUCAUCCUCCUCACCUGGUACCUAUGUGGGGCCCCCUGGUGGUGGCGGCCCCCCAGGAACACCCAUCAUGCCUAGUCCUGCAGAUUCGACAAAUUCCAGUGACAACAUCUACACAAUGAUUAAUCCAGUGCCGCCUGGAGGCAGCCGGUCCAACAGAGUUCCCAUGAUGAAAAUGAGAAGGAAUUGCAACACCAACACCAGCGUGACCCACACAUUGCUGAAAAAGAAGGCCCAACGACUGCGUUACUUUAAUGACAGAUGGAAGGACACAUACAGCUGGGCUGGGGGGUAAAUGGCCACACACAGCAUACUCCACGGCGUGCGGGAAAGGACAUGGGGCGGGGUCUGAUGGGGAAGGAGCUGCGGACGCACAUGUGAGACUGAAUCCCACAAGCCCAGGCUCAGGUAGGCAAGUUCUUCAAAUCAAUCAAAAGUAGCUGUGUCAUCCAAAGAGACACCAAUGACCAGUCAGAGCCAGCAGCUGCCAAAUGAGCGGGGGCACAUGAAUGACAUGUUUGAUUGCUCUACGAACGGAGAAAGUGGUAUUUUCUGUUUGAGAGGUGGCAACUAAAAUGCCCUGGGAAUGAGCAAAAGGGGAAAUUUUGAUAACAGAUGUGUUGGUCUGUUAUGGAUUAAAUUGUGUCCCCCCUAAAAGAUACGGUUGAUAUCCUAACCCCUGUCCCUGUGAGCAUGACCUCGUUUGGAAUAGAGUCUUAGAAGAUUUUAUCAGUUAACGUGAGUUCAUACGGGAGUAGGGUAGGUUCUAAUCCUGUGUGACAGCUGUCCUUAUACUAGAGGAGAAGAGACAGGGAGACAGAAGAAGGACACUGCUUGAUGCUGCACCUGGAAGCCAAGGAUUGCCAGGAGCCACCAGAAGUUAGGAGGGAGGCAUGGAACAUUUCUUCUCAGAAAGAAUCAAUACGGCUGAUACCCUGAUUUGGACGCCAGCCUCCCGAACUGUGAAACAAUAAAUUUCUGUUCUUUAAAGCUGUCUGCUUUGUGGUUUUUUGUUACAGCAGCACUAGGAAACUGACACAUGGUCCGUUACAGUGUACGGCUGAUUCUGUUAGACCUUACCAGUGACCACGCUUCGUUAAGUGGCACAUUGAAUCAUGGCAACAACAACAAAAAAAUGUUGUCUCUAGCUCUUAGGCACUGUGAUUUGAAAAAUGGAGCUUCAGGUUGUCUUCUCAAAGAUUUUUUUUUUUUUUUUAAAUAAUUUUUAUUGAGCUUUAAGUGAACGUUUACAGAUCAAGUUAGUCUGUCACAUACAAGCUUAUAUACACCUUACUCCACACUCCCACUUACUCUCCCCCUAAUGAGUCAGCCCUUCCAGUCUCUCCUUUCGUGACAAUUUUGCCAGCUUCCAACCCUCUCCACCCUCCCAUCUCUCCUCCAGACUGGAGAUGCCAGCACAGUCCCAAGUGUCCACCUGAUACAAGUAGCUCACUUUUCAUCAGCAUCUCUCUCCAACCCAUUGUCCAGUCCCUUCCAUGUCUGAUGAGUUGUCUUCGGGUAUGGUUCCUGUCCU